CCCCCUUGGGCGCUCCGUAGCAGUGACGUGCGCCGCAGGCUGGGCACUCUGCAGUGCUCUCCGGCCGGCGGGUGGAGACCGAUCCGGGCUCUGUGUCCUAGCAGGAAGCGAAUCCCGGUCGCCGUCGUCUCCGGUGCUCGCUCUCGGCCGCGGCAACGCGCUCGCCCUUCGAGCCCGCAGCCCGGCAGCCUCUCCUCGGCCUCGACCCCUCGCGCACCUGCCUCGCCGGGAGAUAGUGGAUAACCUCCUUCAAAAUGGAAGAUGGAAAGCCCGUUUGGGCACCCCACCCCACAGAUGGAUUUCAAAUGGGCAAUAUUGUGGAUAUUGGCCCUGACAGCUUAACAAUUGAACCUUUGAACCAAAAAGGCAAGACAUUCUUGGCUCUCAUAAACCAAGUGUUCCCUGCGGAAGAGGACAGCAAAAAAGAUGUGGAGGAUAACUGUUCACUGAUGUACUUAAAUGAAGCCACACUCCUCCAUAAUGUCAAAGUUCGGUACAGUAAAGACAGAAUCUAUACAUAUGUGGCCAACAUUCUGAUUGCAGUGAAUCCAUACUUUGAUAUACCUAAAAUAUAUUCUUCAGAUACAAUAAAGUCAUACCAAGGAAAAUCUCUUGGGACGAUGCCACCUCAUGUCUUUGCCAUCGCUGAUAAGGCUUUUCGAGACAUGAAGGUACUCAAGAUGAGCCAGUCUAUCAUUGUAUCUGGAGAAUCAGGAGCUGGCAAAACAGAAAAUACAAAGUUUGUUCUAAGAUACCUGACAGAAUCUUAUGGAACAGGUCAAGAUAUUGAUGAUAGAAUUGUUGAAGCUAAUCCACUUUUAGAAGCCUUUGGAAAUGCAAAGACUGUUCGCAACAAUAAUAGCAGUAGAUUUGGAAAAUUUGUAGAAAUUCACUUCAAUGAAAAGAGUUCAGUUGUUGGAGGAUUUGUUUCUCAUUACCUUCUAGAGAAGUCUAGGAUCUGUGUUCAAGGCAAAGAGGAGCGGAAUUACCAUAUUUUUUACAGGCUGUGUGCUGGGGCUUCAGAAGACAUUAGGGAGAAACUUCACUUGAGUUCCCCAGAUAAUUUUCGGUAUUUAAACCGGGGCUGCACUAGAUACUUCGCUAACAAAGAAACCGACAAACAGAUUUUACAGAACCGAAAAAGUCCUGAGUAUGUUAAGGCAGGUUCCUUGAAGGAUCCUCUAUUAGAUGACCAUGGAGAUUUUAUCAGGAUGUGCACAGCCAUGAAAAAAAUUGGUUUGGAUGAUGAAGAAAAACUUGAUCUGUUUCGCGUCGUAGCUGGUGUCCUGCACCUUGGAAAUAUUGAUUUUGAGGAAGCCGGAAGCACUUCAGGCGGCUGCAAUCUGAAGAACAAAUCUGCCCCGUCCCUGGAAUACUGUGCGGAGCUGCUGGGUUUGGACCAAGAUGAUCUUCGAGUCAGUUUAACCACCAGAGUCAUGCUCACCACAGCAGGGGGCACCAAAGGAACCGUGAUAAAGGUCCCCCUGAAAGUGGAGCAGGCAAACAAUGCUCGGGACGCUCUGGCAAAGACUGUCUAUAGCCAUCUCUUUGAUCAUGUGGUAAACAGGGUGAAUCAGUGCUUUCCUUUCGAAACAUCUUCUUAUUUUAUUGGAGUCCUGGAUAUCGCUGGUUUCGAGUACUUUGAACACAACAGCUUUGAGCAGUUUUGUAUUAACUAUUGCAAUGAGAAACUCCAACAGUUUUUUAAUGAAAGGAUCCUGAAGGAGGAACAAGAACUGUACCAGAAAGAGGGCCUGGGUGUGAAUGAAGUCCAUUACGUGGACAAUCAGGACUGCAUAGAUUUAAUUGAAGUGAAAUUAGUGGGAAUUCUGGAUAUUCUGGAUGAAGAAAAUCGUCUUCCCCAGCCGAGUGACCAGCACUUUACAUCUGUGGUUCACCAGAAGCACAAAGACCAUUUCCGACUAACUAUUCCCAGGAAAUCUAAGCUGGCAGUCCACAGGAACCUCAGAGACGAUGAAGGUUUCAUCAUCAGGCACUUCGCAGGGGCUGUGUGCUAUGAGACAACCCAGUUUGUGGAGAAAAAUAAUGAUGCACUACAUAUGUCCCUUGAAUCCUUGAUAUGUGAGUCCAGGGAUAAGUUUAUACGGGCAUUAUUUGAGUCAUCCACAAAUAACAACAAAGAUACGAAACAAAAGGCUGGAAAACUUAGCUUCAUCAGUGUGGGAAACAAGUUCAAGACACAAUUAAAUUUGCUUCUGGAUAAACUUCGAAGUACUGGAGCCAGCUUCAUCCGGUGUAUCAAACCCAACUUAAAGAUGACAAGUCACCACUUUGAAGGGGCCCAGAUUCUGUCCCAGCUCCAGUGUUCAGGUAUGGUGUCUGUGUUGGACCUGAUGCAAGGGGGCUUCCCUUCAAGAGCCUCGUUUCAUGAACUCUAUAACAUGUACAAGAAGUACAUGCCAGACAAACUUGCAAGAUUGGAUCCAAGGCUAUUUUGUAAGGCUCUUUUUAAAGCUUUGGGAUUAAAUGAAGUUGACUACAAGUUUGGGCUAACAAAAGUAUUUUUCAGACCUGGCAAGUUUGCAGAAUUUGAUCAGAUUAUGAAGUCUGACCCUGAUCACUUAGCAGAGUUGGUGAAAAGAGUCAACCUGUGGCUAGUCUGUAGUCGCUGGAAGAAAGUUCAGUGGUGUUCACUGUCAGUCAUCAAAUUGAAAAACAAAAUAAAAUAUCGAGCUGAAGCAUGCAUUAAAAUGCAGAAAACCAUCCGAAUGUGGCUUUGCAAAAGGAGACACAAACCACGCAUUGAUGGCCUGGUUAAGGUGGGCACACUGAAGAAAAGACUCGAUAAGUUCAAUGAGGUUGUCAGUGCGCUGAAAGAUGGAAAGCCAGAGGUGAACAGACAGAUCAAAGAUCUUGAAAUUUCUAUUGAUGCUCUGAUGGCUAAAAUUAAGUCCACCAUGAUGACGAGGGAGCAGAUACAGAAAGAGUAUGAUGCACUCGUUAAAAGCUCGGAAGAGCUCCUCAGUGCACUGCAGAAAAAGAAACAGCAAGAGGAGGAGGCAGAGAGGCUGAGGCGCAUCCAAGAGGAGAUGGAGAAAGAAAGGAAGAGGCGCCAAGAGGAUGAAGAACGUCGGAGGAAGGAGGAAGAGGAGAGGCGGAUGAAACUUGAGAUGGAAGCAAAGAGAAAACAAGAAGAGGAGGAAAGGAAGAAGCGGGAAGAAGAUGAAAAGCGUAUCCAGGCUGAGGUGGAGGCACAGCUGGCAAGACAGCGGGAGGAGGAGUCCCAGCAGCAGGCGGUCCUGGCCCAGGAAUGCAGGGACAGGGAGUUGGCUCUGCGCAUCGCCCAGAAUGAGUCGGAGCUCAUCAGUGAUGAGGCACAGGGUGACAUGGCACUCCGAAGCUCGAGUUCCUGUCCAGCAACUUCUAAAACUAAUGGAACAAGACCCCAAAUGACACCGGAACAAAUGGCCAAAGAAAUGUCAGAAAUUUUGAGUAGAGGUCCUGCUGUACAAGCUACAAAGGCUGCUGCUGGUACCAAGAAACAUGAUCUCAGUAAAUGGAAAUAUGCAGAACUACGCGAUACAAUCAAUACUUCCUGUGACAUUGAGCUCCUGGCAGCUUGCAGAGAAGAAUUUCACAGGAGACUGAAAGUGUAUCAUGCUUGGAAAUCCAAGAACAAGAAGAGAAAUACUGAAGCCGAGCAGCGCGCUCCCAAGUCUGUUACUGAUUAUGAUUUUUCACCUAUUUUGAACAAUUCACCUCAGCAGAAUCCCGCAGCUCAGCUCCCUGCCAGGCAGCAGGAGAUUGAGAUGAACCGACAGCAGCGUUUCUUCCGCAUUCCCUUCAUCCGCCCUGCUGACCAGUACAAAGACCCUCAGAACAAGAAAAAGGGCUGGUGGUAUGCCCAUUUUGACGGACCAUGGAUUGCUCGGCAGAUGGAGCUGCACCCUGACAAGCCACCCAUCCUUCUUGUAGCUGGCAAGGACGAUAUGGAGAUGUGUGAGCUGAAUCUCGAGGAGACAGGUCUGACUCGCAAGCGUGGUGCGGAGAUCUUGCCCAGACAGUUUGAAGAGAUCUGGGAGCGUUGUGGAGGCAUCCAGUACCUUCAGAGCGCCAUCGAGAGCAGGCAGGCCCGGCCUACCUAUGCCACAGCCAUGCUGCAGAACCUGCUCAAGUAGACCACAGGGUGCCAGCCUAGCCCUGACCCUCCCAGGCGGGGAAGACCAGAAGGUUCACUACUUCCUUGCUCCUGGUAGAAAUGCCUUAUGCAAAGUGAACAGAUUUUUAUUAAUCAUGCAUUUUGCUAAUUUGUUCAAGGUUAAUUAAGGUUGAGGUAGUGGAUUCGAGACCUAAAGAGAGAAAAGCCCUGAUUCCAGCAGUGCCCGCCCCCUUCGCCCCUGCCCCGCCUACCUCCCACCCCCGCCCCCGCCCGCCUCCCACCCCUGCUCUGUUGAGAUGCUUUCUGCACCCAGACAGACGCUGAUACUUCUUGCUCUGCACACUGACCACCUUAUUGCUGAGCAUUGUCAAGGACAAGACAUUUUUUUUUAUUUUUUAAAUUCAAAACAUUUGACUUUUUAAAGAAAAGGAUGUCACAGUGCCUUUAUGACUGAGAUAAUGAAAUCUUAGCUUAAUUUUGUGCAAGAAUUAAGGUACUUGAAUUGAUUAAGGCACAGAUGUGUUUGGUCUAGAAAGCUGCAUUUUGUCUGCUUUUUCACAAAUCCAUGGAAAAUGAUUUCCCCUUCUUGCAGUGUGCUUAGCGCCCAUGAUCCCCAAGUUCUAGAACUCUGGAAAGAGCCUUAAUGUAGGAAUGUCUUCUAUGCAGAGGAGGUGCUGGGCAUAUGUGGCACAGACAUGGGCUGCUUCUCUCCCAAGCGCUGUGUUCCUCGUGGAGCCUCCUUUUCCUAAUCCAUGGUCGAAUAAAGGACAUUUGGAUUCUUUGAAUGACCGGUGGUUUUGAUAUAGCUUUGUUUCAUUUUGGGAGGGAUGCAGGGUUGAGGCAGUGUUCUGUGACUCUGCUGGUCUGAAUUCCGAUAUUUUUUCUCACUUCAUUUUCAUCUUUCUCUCAGUUUGAACCUUGUCCGAGCAAUUUCAUGUCACGUAAGCUGGUGUGCUGCUUCGGGCAGCUCUCCUGCCUUUGCUCUCUUCCAGGCAUCCGUUUUGGCCUUUGAGACACGAUAGAGCUGCUUUGUAAACUUUGUAACUCCGGAGCCCUUGUACUUAGCCAUAGUUUGCUUUGUGCUGCAGGAAGCCUUUAAAACACUCCCUUUGUGUGCUCUUUAGUCCUGAUCAGAUGUCAGCAGCCGGGGCUAAUAUUUAUGACUUUAAUAUUAGGAAUUUAGAGACAAAAAAAUACAUCAAGGAGUUAAUGUUGACACCCAAAGGAGUCUUUGUAUUUUAGAAUAUAAGUAGAAAGUAAAACUAUUCUUCACACUCCCUUUGUUUUUAAAUACCCUGACCUUUGAAAUUUCAGGAUUUUUUCCCCCUUAGAUUCAUGUUCAGAAGCCUCGGGUACUAUUGUCGGAAUAGCUCCUUUCGAAGUGUCGCUGUACUGAAUGAAGUACUUAUUUAUUAUUAUGACAUCAUGGAAAUGAUUGUUUUGUGUUAAGGAAAUUAAGUGGCCCUGUCUCUACUAAUAAUUGAAAAUGUGAAUGAGGUUUUCUUACGGAGGCUGUCUUACUGCUUAGACUUGCCCUCUGUUGGUCCUGUGAUUGAUGGCAGAGGUGUAGUUACUGAAAUAAACAACCUGUUCUUCCUCUUCCAUCGUUCACUUUUGAUUGGUGUCUUUAUUUGAGCAGGAUGCCGAGUAGGCUUAAUUUCCUAGUCAAAAUGAAUGUAGUCCUUGGGAAAAAAAAAUCUAGUGGCUAAUGGAUUCUUAGUGACGCGUCAGCCUAGCACUGUCUUCCAAAGCACCUUUAUGUAUCCUCUGGCUCUGUGAGUAAGCACUAGAUGAAAAAUCAAUCAAAAAGUGGGGAUUAUGAUAAUGACAUCUUAAUAUCUUUGACAUUUUGAAGAGUUUAUAGGAAACACACAAGAACAAAGCAUUGUUGAAAGUGUGGGUUUUGACUGAUAACUCUCAGUCAUCUCCUACCGUUUCCUUCCUAAUUAUGUCACUGUGCUGCCCUACAAUGUUUCCGUUUCAGAUAGUCUCCUGAGUUAACUUUGCCAAGCAGGAGACCCGUCCUAAUUCAGGCAGGCUUUGAGCUUCCGCAUGUCAUAACAUCCACAUCCUCCCAGCGAACUUUAGGACAUCAUUUGGUGGGGGGGGUGCACAGCAGAAAUGAUGUUCCAAGAGACCUUGAUCCAGCUUCUCUACUAUGUUUCAUGGGUUCAGACCCACAAGGGCUAGGCAAGAAUUUGAGGUAUCCCAAUCAAUUAACUGGUUAUUUUAGUCAGCCAUUUAAAAUUUAAGUUUAAAGCAAUAUCCUAUACACGAAGAACUAAUUUCUCUAAUGUUUGUCAGCUCCAGUUUCCUCCACCACAGUGGGUGUACAUUUAAAUAGAACACAACAACAACAGCAAAAUGAUGGCAAGUGUUACCUUGCUCAAUUCAAUUAUGACACAGUGCACAACGCCAGCAGUACCAUUAGACGUGUGUUAGUGGGAAGAUCCGCUCUCGGCGAGUCCAGGGAGUUUCUAGAGGCCUGGCAUGUUUCUAGAGCCCCUUCACUGUCACAGAGACCACCUGUGCACAGGUGUAUGAGAAGCAGCAAAAUAAAUGAUCACUAGCGUGCCCGAAAGGUGACUUAGGGAGUCAGGGUCUCACCCUGGCCUGUGAAAAGCUUUAGCAGCCCAGAGAACCCUUUGGUUUCACAAGCAACUAGGAAAACUGCUUAAGGCAAAAGUAGGAGUUGCUUGUGAGGUUUAGACAAUAGAAACCACAGGCAAAAUACUAAUAAGAGAUACUUAUUACAUGUGAUCUUUAUUAAUUGAUUUUUUUCAAUGCUCGGGAUUGAACCCGGGGCUUCAUGCAGGCGAGGCUCUACCACAGAGGCACAUCCCUGGACUGUAGCUGGAUAUUUUUGGAAGAGCGUUUCACUCACAGGUUACUGAUAUGGUUCUCAGGGGAGUCACAUAUGUAGACCUUUGGGUAUUUUUUUUUUUUUUGAAUAGCUUUAAAAUACAUGGUUCAGCAGCAUAGUUAUUGACUAAUCAGUCAGUUAAUACUAAUCUUAGUUAAAGAUAAUCUUAUUUCUAUAUAUAUAAAAAAAGUUGUAGCAAGCCAGGAAGGUCAUACAGUUUGAUACUAGGCCAUGAAAAAGAUGAAAUGCCUUUGUUCCAGCCGUGGAGCAAAACCAACGUUUGUCUGCUCAGCAGAUCCCUGGAGGCUUACACGGGGUUGUUCCUGUACCUUACCGUUUGUCCCCAACACCGGAAAAUAAAUAUUGAGUUUCAAUUGCUUCCAGAAGAUACACUAACAGUGGAGGGGAGGGGAGGGCAGAGGACAUUGAACAGUGAGGAUAAGGAUGAGGUGUGGGAACAGUGAUAACCAUAAGGGCAGGCCGAGCAUUAGGGGAAGAGAAGGGAAAUCGUGCAUCCCCUCAAGAUUGCAUCUCAGUGGGGAAACACUCAGAGACCCUAGACAGCCAACACUCUGGGGUCCUGGCUGGGUUGUAGGAUGUAUUUGCUACAGCUGAGGAGCAGAAAUUAAGGUUAGUAGACGCGGAUCGUGAGUCACGUGGCAUGCAGAUCUAUUAGCAUUUAAGAGUGGUGCAGCUGAACUGGAGGUGCCCAGGAAAGGGCUUGGCAUCUUUUAUAUGAGCCGUGUGCGAGGGCCAGUGGGGAGCCUGCCUGUGUCAACACCAUGUCCUUUGACAGUUUGGUCCAAUUCAAAUCAGUGUCUUCUUUCCCCAGCACUAACUUAUGUAGGAAGUAACUCUGAUUCUUAGAAAUACUCCAGGAGAUAGCUAGGGGAAAAAUUAAUGCACAUUGAAAACCGCAGUCUUUAAUCUUAACUUUCAUCAAUCUAGAAACUCAACGUCAAACUACCAACAGGCAGAUUAAGCAGCCAGCUUUCCUUUCGUUUCUGGAGGUUUAUCUGUUUGUAAUGGCUAAUUUUUAUUCAUCUUGUGAAAAGUGUGUGUCUAAUACUUUCCUAAAAUACUGAUGUACUGGAAAUUCAAAUAAAUUACCUUAUAUGUAGAACA